CCCAGCAGGGUCCGCUGACGUGCGGUCACCAGACGGUCAACACGGUGCCGGCCCGCUUCUUGAUCAUGGCCCAGUCCAAGAUGGCAGGUUGCUCCCCCAAAUUGGAAUUCAUAGAUGGUUUAUCGUCUUGGACGGCUGGCAGUUGGUAGAAUCCAUUACGAGUCGUAACAGUCUCUUAUCGAUAAAUGCAGAACACCCGACGGCGGUACAUACAAUGCUACGUCGUCACCGACUGAACAGUACGCAAUAAACAAUUGACAAGAUGAUGACUCGUCUUCUUCACAGGCAGAACCCCCCACCAGACUUACACAAAGCAGAACGGGAUGCUGCACGCGCCGAGUUCAUCUGGCUCCUCGAAUCCAUCCUCCCGCAUACAACGAACACCCUCAUCUCCGGCCUCCAAGAAUGCGUCGCAAUUCUCUCUUCCGAAUCCUCAAUCACCCUCGCUCUCUCAUCCGCCCGCAGCGAGCAGCUCAAGGGAUUCGUUGUACGGCGUGGAGACGAAAUCGUCAAAACCGAUAUCCGGCUGAAGAUGCCUACGUUUAAUUCGGGGAGGGGGUAUAAGCUUACGUUGACGCCGAGAGGAAUUGGGCAUAGGGAGGUUGAGAGCGAGCCACAUCCGAUUCCGCUUCCGCAGUAUUCUGCCGCGAAGAGGAUGAUUUCGAGGGCUUUGGAGUUGGCUUCUUCGCCUGAUUUUCUCUCGCCAGAGAAAGCAUCAUCGAACCUCUCGACGCUCGCAGAGCUACUGCAUACGACACUUACGACUUUACGCUCACCAGACGCCCACACCCUCUUCCCCUAUGCCGCCCUCUCAACGGACCUCCUGCCCUCCUCCCUCUCCCUCGACAUCUUCCUGGCCGACGGCGCCGUCACCCUCGACCUCCGCUCCCUCCGCCUCUCUCCCAACCCAUCCGAUUUCACACACAAACAGCACUGGGCAAUGGGAUUCGGAAAAGUGAAGCAUGAACCGCAGGGGGAGGUGUAUCGGUAUGCGGAGCAGUAUGCGAAGGUUUUGGAGAGGGUUAGGGUUGAGAGUCAGGAUCCGGGGUUGAUGGCUGUUAUGGUUAAGGUGAGUGUUUUGGAGGGGGCGGCGAGGCAGGCGAGGGAGAAGGUGGAGAUUGCUGGGUGGGUUAUGAGGGAGGGAAAUGCUGAGUGAAAAACGCGUGACGACGCUUUACGCGUUAUAUGCCCAAGAAUCCGGAGAACUAACCCCACUCGUCUGCGACCAAGGCGAUGUCACAUCGCUGGUAUGUGAUCGUCGAUAUGCAUCGACUCAGAGCAAAGGUUGCUCCAAGAGUCGAGCCGGAAACGACUCCAGGAUUGGGAGCACC